AUCAUUUAAUCGUUAUAUAAUAAUAUAAUUACGAUUGUUGUUAUACAAAUAUAUUAAAUAAAGUAUUAAAAUGUGUAAAAUAUUAUUAUUUUUUAAGGAGAAAUAUGGGAAACUUGAAUAUAUUAAGAUUAUAUAGGAAAAAUAUAUGAAGUCGCCAAAUUCUAACCUCAAAAUAAUUUAACACUUCUUUUGUUUUGUUGUUAUAAAUGAAGAAAAUUUAUAAAAUAAAUGAAUAACAAUGUUCUGUGAGAUGGAAGGAAACAUUUUUAAUAAUAAUACAGAACAGAACGAAAAUAAGUCAGCUCACACGACUGAGGGAAUAUUUAUAGGAAAAUUUGAGGGAGGAGCAAAUUUUCAAUUUAAGCAAAUCAAAAUAUCAUAUACAAUAUCUUACAAGUCCCACUAUUUUCAUUUUUCGAAUUUGGCCUAUUAAGAAGCAGCUGUAAAUAAGUAGAAGAAAAAGAAAAAUCUAUAAGAUUAAGUACAAGAAACUUCGAAAUGAAAGAAGAGAAAUAUUAGUGAAAAAUAAUAAUUAUUCACAUGUUUUGGAAGUUGUGGCUUUUACAUUAAAUAUCGAAUCUUCAUUCUUGCUGGAAGGAAUUAUUGAUAAGGAUGAAUAUAUAGAUACUUUUAUUAGUUUUUUUAAUAAAGAUGGAAGAAAAAUAAUUGCCAUUCAAUUACAGGAAAUUUCCCCUCCUUCAAUUGAAUCCGGUUGUUGGACACCAGAAUAUGUGAAAGAGAAAACAAUCUUACGAUGUGUUGUCACAGAUGAAAAUUCAAAAUAUAAACAUGGACAAUGUGUAUUUGUUUAUCGAUUACGCUCGGAUAUUGAUUUUGAAAUGGAACAAUUACUUGAAGAAACGUAUUAUGCUUUCGUUGAAAUUGAUCCUGAAUCAGAAAAAAUUAUUUCCGAAAUUUCCCAACUUAUGAAUCGAUUAUGUAAACCAGUCUUAAUUGCUUGUUCUGAAUGGGGUGAAUUAUUUAAAACUGAAUCUGGUCGAAAAAUGAAAGAGAAUUUUAUUGGCGAUUUUAAAGAUUUUUGCAAGUUUCUCAACAUGACUGAAAUGGAGUAUGAUAUUGAUUCAAAAUUCUUCACCGAUUGGAAUUUUUAUCAGAAAUGUUUAGCUGAUCCAGAAGAACUUAAACAAUGUAAUAAUAAUUAUGAAGUAUUAUUACAAGUUGAAGAUAUUGUAAAAGGAUGGAUGAAGACGAUAAAAAAGUCUGUUGUUCAAAGUCGACAAUUAAGACGAGAAUCGGAAACCGCUGGACCAAGGGAGGAAUAUUUUUACUGGCGAAGAUUAUUAAUUUGUUUUUCAACAAUCACUAAAUACAUUAAAAAACCGGAAACACAAAGGUUUUUAAAAUUUCUCGAAAUUACGAAAUCCAAAUUAAUAAAGAAAUGGAAUAAAUUAGAAGAUGAAGUGGCAAUUAUUGAAAUAAUAGCGCAAGAUAAUGAAAAAUAUUUGUUCGCAUUGGAAAAGUUUAUUAAACCUUUAUACCAAUUGAAUCCAACUGAAAUUGGAAAUUAUUUGCCAGCUAUAAUGUAUGCGAUUCGCAUGAUUUAUACCACAUCUCGUUUUUUUAAUACAAGACAAAUGAUAACUGCAGUAUUUGUUAAGAUAACAAAUCAAUUAAUUGUGACAUGUAAAUCAUAUUUAACGGAAAAUGGAACAUUGAAAAUUUGGCAAGAUGCAAAAUUAAUUAUGAUUUCAAGAAUGAAGGAUUGUAUUAAACUCUGUGAUUACUAUUUCGAUUGUUACAAGGAAAUGAGAAAAAAAAUCAAAACAUCAACAGAGGAAAAAUCAUUCGAAAUUUCUGAGAUGUAUGUCUUUGGGAAGUUUAAUACAUUUAAAGAAAGAUUAAAUAAAAUUAUUGAUGUUCUUAACAUAACUCUUGAGUACUCAAUUUUACAUAGUUCAGCUAUUGAAGGAAUAGAUAUUUUUGCUCAAAAAUUUACAUCCUUUUUUGAAAAAAUUGCUUCAAAAACUUACGAUCCUUUAGAUUAUCGAAAAUUUGAUUUUGAACCCGAUUAUAAGGAAUUUAAAGAAAAUGUCACAGAAACUGAAGUGGAAAUAAGAAAUUUUUUCUUUAAAUCUAUCUCUCAAGUUCCUACAACAAUUCAGGCGCUUCAUUUUGUUGCUAGAUUUGAAAAGCUGAAUUUAAAAGUAUUGAAUAUUGAUCGAAAAUAUUUAGAACUUGUUGCAUCUUAUCAGAAAGAAAUUGAAAAUAUUCGUGACAUAUACAAUGAAAAUAGAUCGGCACCCGAUAUUUCUCGAAAUAUUCCACCAAUUGCAAAUCGUAUAUUAUGGAUUCGACAACUUUAUAAACGAAUUGAAGCACCAAUGGAAAUUUUUAAAUCACGUGAACGAAUUAUUAAACAUGAAAAAACUCAAAGAGUUAUUCGAAUGUAUAAUGUGAUAAUAAGAGUAUUCAUUCAUUAUGAAAUGAUACAUCAUAAAGCUUGGUAUGAUUCUUCAGAAGUGGUACGUUUGGCAUUGACAUCACCUCUUCUAAUAAGAAAUCCAAAAACAAACAAAUAUACUUUAAAUUUCGAUCCCUAUGUUGUUGAGGUCAUCCGUGAGUCGGAUCAUAUGUCGAAAUUUGGACUAGAGGUUCCGGAAUUUAUAAAAAUUAUAAAUUUAUCCAAAGAAAAACUUUUUUUAUCCUAUGAAACGGUGAAAUAUUUAGUUCACAAAAACGAUACUAUCAGACGCUCGGUUCCCCUUAUAUUUUUAAAUUUAAUGAAACCCUCAUUUAUGAAGUUAGAAGAUUCUUUUCAGCCUUGUUUAUCUAUAAUAACAUGGUCCUCAUUAAGAAUCGAAGAAAUUUGUGAAACAAUAAGUGCCACAAUAAAAGAUGUUGAAACAUUUCUCAAUGAAGUAAAAUAUAUAAAAGAGGCAAUAGUCGAUGAAAUUUUUGUAAAAAUUGCAGAAACAGAUUUAAUAAUAUUGGAAAAUUCACCAAUAUCUGGAAUAGAAUUUUUUGAAAAAAAUUUCACAUUCAAAAAUUUUAUUUCUAUUGAAUUAAAAGAAAAUUCCACGGUGGCGGAAAAAUCAGUUAUUGAAAUUAUUAAUAAUUUUUUGGAUUUAAUUUCUGAUUCGAGUAUUUCAGAAAUGAAAUACGAUUGGCUUGAUUCUGAUAAAGUUAAUAAACCCGUGAGCUCAUUAACUAAACUUACAAAAGAUUUUGAAUCUGGAUUUGGUCGUGUGGAUAAAAAUGCAAAAAUCAAUUUAACACAAUUACACAACGAUUGUAUAGAAUUGUUUGCAUAUUUUAAUUUCAAAUUAAUAGACGCAUUAGUUAAAUGUACAAAAAAUUCGCUGACAAUUUUAAAGAAACGAGUUCGAACAAAUAGUCUUUUUGUGAGUGAAAAUAUUGUUGAAGGAGCUGAACCGCCGUUAUUUUUAACACAAUUUAUAUUGGAAAUUCCACAAAUUAUUAUGUUACCAAGUAUUGAAGAAUUACAACAAUUUUUUAGUAAUGUCAUUAUAAAUAUUGUUGGAAUUAAUAAAGAAAUUAUUAUGUGGGGACAGCGAAAUUUUCUUAAAGAACAAUACUAUGAAGACGAAAGUGACAAUGAAGAAAAUUUGAAAAAUUAUUAUGAAAUUAUUGCUGAUCAUAGAGAAAUUAUUCGAUCAAUGUUGAAUUUACAAGGAUCAAUAUCAAUAUUAAAAGAUGAUGUCUCUUUAUUGAUAAAGUCAUAUCAAAGGUUUUGUUUUGUUUGGGCAGAGGAUAGGAACGAUCAAUUAAAAAGAUUUGUAAAUGCCGAGCCUAUUGUUGUUGAUAUUAAGAAUAAAUUUGACGAAUUUGAAAAUCUUUUUCUCGAAAUAAAUAAUUUACCUGAAUUUUAUAUUAUCGGUUGUAUACAAAUUAAUAUGGAUAAAUUAAAAUUUUCCUUGAUGGAGGAAGCUGGUAUUUGGAAAAAAACUUUUGGAUUAAUUUUAUCAAAGACUUAUGAAGAAAAAUUAAGAAAAAUAGUUGGAUAUAUAGAUGAAAAAAAUAAAAUAUUAUCAAGAGAUAUAAAUGAUUUGGAAGAUGUGAGAAUUGCAAUGAGAUGUCUAGGAGAGAUUAGAAAUGAUUUUAUAUCAAUGGAUAUUGAAUUAAUUUCAAUAGAAGAAACCUAUGCUUUAAUGUCAAAAUACAAUGUUACUUAUACACAAGAGGAACAAAAUACAGUUGAUAAUCUUCGUGAUUGUUUUUCAAAUUUAUUGAAUACGGCUGAGAAAAUUCAACAAAUUAUUUGUGAAAUGCAAGAACCAUUGAAGAAAGAAUUAACUGAUGGGGUGGCAAUUUUUAAGAAAGAUGUCAUAAAUUUUGAUGCUGAUUUUGAGAAAAAUGGACCAAUGGUUGAGGGAUUACCAGCAAAAGAAGCUAGUGAUAGAAUGAUAUUAUUUCAAUCGCAAUUCGAAGAAUUAUGGGAGAGAUUUGAAACUUAUAACAGUGGUGAGAGUUUAUUUGGCAUUGAUCAAACAGAAUAUCCAGCUUUGGAAAAACGAAAAAGAGAAUUAACUUUAUUACAAAAAUUGUACAAUUUAUAUUUACAUGUAAAUCGUACAAUCGAUGGUUACUAUCAAAUUCCAUGGAAUGAAAUUAAUAUCGAUGUUAUUAUCACUGAAUUAUCUGAUUUUCAAAAUAGAUGUCGAAUGCUACCGAAAGCAAUGAGAGAUUGGCCAGCGUAUAUUGAUUUGAAGAAGAAAAUUGAUGAUUUCAAUGAAACUUGUCCUUUAUUAGAGAUGAUGGCCAAUAAAGCAAUGGAAGAUAGACAUUGGGAAAGAAUGUCAAAACUUUGCAAUUAUACAUUUAAUAUUGAAUCUGAAAUUUUUCUUUUGGCUGAUGUAAUGAAUGCUCCUUUAUUAAAAUAUAAAGAUGAUAUUGAAGAUAUUUGUAUAAGUUCUGUAAAAGAAAAGGACAUUGAAAGUAAAUUGAAUCAAGUGAUUGCUGAUUGGGCAAUUGUUGAUUUGCAAUUUUCUUCAUUUAAACAAAGAGGUGAAUUGCUUCUUAAAGGGACUGAAACUGCUGAAAUUAUUUCUCAACUAGAAGACAGUUUAAUGAUUAUAAGUUCUCUUGUUGCAAAUCGAUACAAUAUGCAUUUUAAAAAAGAUAUUCAAUUAUGGCAGAAUAAAUUGACAAAUACUUCUGAAAUAUUGUCAAAAUGGUUGACUGUUCAAAGUUUAUGGGCUUAUUUAGAAGCAGUUUUUAUUGGAGGCGAUAUUUCGAAACAAUUACCUGAAGAAGCAAAACGAUUUAAUGAUAUUGAUAAAUCUUGGGUUAAAUUAAUGCAACAUGCGCAUGAUAAAUUAAAUGCUAUUGAAACAUGUACAGGAGAUGAAACAAUGUCUGUAAUGUUGUCAUUUCUCAUGGAUCAAUUGGAAUCUUGUCAAAAAUCACUCAGUGGAUAUUUGGAGACGAAACGAGUCAUUUUUCCCAGAUUUUGUUUUAUUUCCGAUCCAAGUUUAUUGGAAAUUUUGGGACAAGCUGCCGAUUCGCAUACGAUUCAAAAGUAUUUGGAUGGCUUUUUCGAUAAUAUUGGUAAAUUGGAUUUCGACGUAAACGAAUACGAUAAAAUAAUUAAUAUGUAUUCACGUGAGGGGGAAAUAAUUGCUCUCGAGAAAGAUGUUUAUUGUAAAGGUGGUGUUGAAAAUUGGCUAAAUACUUUAUUGGAAGUUCAUCGAUUUUCAGUUGGUUCUGUUAUAUCACAAGGUCUAUUAAAAUUGACAGAAAUUGAUCUUUUAACUCUAAUUGACGAAUCAGUUUUACAGGUUGGUCUUUUGUCACUACAAGUUUUAUGGACACGUGAUUCGGAAAUAGCUUUAGUUAAUUCGAAGCGUGAUAAAAAUAUAAUGAAAAAAACAAAUCAAUGGUUCCUGGAUUUGUUAAAUAGUCUCAUUGAAGUGACAGUGAAAGAUUUAAAUAAAUACGCAAGAGCAAAAUAUGAAGCUCUUAUAACAAUUCAUGUUCAUCAAAGAGAUAUUUUCGAUGAACUUUUUCGUAAUAAAAUAAGAAAUAAACAAGAUUUUGAAUGGUUGAAACAGGCACGUUUUUAUUAUGAUGAAGAUUCCGAGGAAGUACCCAUUGGAAUUACAAAUGUUAAUUUUACAUAUCAAAAUGAAUUUCUUGGUUGUACAGAUCGUCUUGCAAUUACACCUUUAACAGACAGAUGUUAUAUAACACUUGCCCAAGCAAUUGGAAUGAAUUUUGGAGGUGCUCCUGCAGGUCCUGCAGGUACAGGAAAAACGGAAACAACUAAAGACAUGGCUAAAGCUUUGGGUAAAUAUUGUGUUGUUUUUAAUUGUUCCGAUCAAAUGGAUUUUCGUGGUCUUGGAAGAAUUUUUAAAGGAUUGGCACAAGCUGGAGCAUGGGGUUGUUUCGAUGAAUUCAAUCGAAUUGAUUUACCAGUACUUUCAGUGGCUGCUCAACAAAUUGCAAUUAUUUUAAAUGCCAAAAGAGCAAAGAAAUUUUCAUUUUUAUUUAGUGAUGGAGAAACUUAUUCUUUGGAUUAUGAGCUGGGAUUGUUUAUAACAAUGAAUCCUGGAUACGCGGGUCGUCAGGAAUUACCGGAGAAUUUAAAAAUACAAUUUAGAAGCGUUGCUAUGAUGGUUCCUGAUAGACAAAUUAUUAUGAGGGUGAAAAUGGCUGCUUGUGGAUUUAAGGAGAAUAUUGUUCUUUCGGGAAAAUUUUUUACACUCUAUAAACUUUGCGAAGAACAAUUAAGUAAACAAGUGCAUUAUGAUUUUGGAUUGAGAAAUAUUUUAUCAUGUUUACGUACAAUGGGCGCACAAAAACGUGCACAUCCAGAUGAAUCUGAGGAAACAACAUUAAUGAGAGUUUUGAGGGAUAUGAAUUUAUCGAAAUUAGUAGACGAAGAUGAGCCAUUAUUUCUUUCUCUUAUCGAGGAUAUGUUUCCGGGAAUAAAAUUGUCAGUGCAAAUUUAUAAAGAUUUACAAAGGGCAAUUGCUAAUGCAACAGUAGAACUUGGAAUUAUAAAUCAUCCGGAAUGGAAUUUAAAAACUAUUCAAUUAUAUGAAACAUCACUUGUUCGUCAUGGUCUAAUGGUUUUGGGCCCUACAGGAUCAGGAAAAACUCGUUGUAUGUGGGCCUUAAUGAAAGCAUUAACGGAAUUAGGAAUUCCUCAUCGAGAAGUCAGAAUGAAUCCAAAGGCGAUAACAGCACCUCAAAUGUUUGGUAAAUUGGACGUAGCGACAAAUGAUUGGACAGAUGGAAUUUUUUCCACCUUAUGGAGAAGAUCGACACAAUUGAAGAAAAAUGAAAAUCUUUGGAUUGUUUUGGAUGGUCCCGUGGAUGCUGUGUGGAUUGAAAAUUUAAAUUCAGUACUGGAUGAUAAUAAGACUUUAACAUUGGCCAAUGGAGAUCGUAUUAUAAUGGCAUCCAAUAGUAAACUUGUUUUUGAACCCGAUAAUAUUGAUAAUGCAUCACCGGCAACUGUUUCUAGAAUGGGAAUGGUUUUUGUCAGUGCUUCUGUAUUAAAGUGGCCGCCCAUUCUUGAGGCUUGGUUAAAGAAACGAUCAAAUCAAGCAGAAUUUUUGCGAUCGUUAUUUAAUAAAAUAUACGACGAUGCCCAUUUAUUUGUACAAACAAAAUUGGUGACAAAAAUGAUUAUUUUAGAAUCUCUUUAUAUUCGACAGUGCUUAGAUUUAUUACAAGGAUUACUUACAUUAAAUGAAAAUUCUCCGCAAACAUUUGCUGAAUCUCAUUUGGAAAAAUUUUUCUUAUUUUCCCUAAUGUGGAGUUUGGGAUCAGUUCUUGAAUUGGAUGGUCGUGCAGCUUUUCAAGAAUUUGUUCUCUCACAUCCUUCGAAAUGUAAUUGGCCUAAAUGCAAGGAUGAUGAAACAAUUUUUGAGUUUCUUGUAAAUGAUGAUGGAAAAUGGAUGCAUUGGAAUGAAAAAGUUACAGAAUUUCAGUAUCCUAUUGAAGAAAUUUUGCCAUAUCAUUCAAUUUUGGUUCCAAAUGUUGACAAUACUCGAACUUUAUUUUUAAUGCACGUUAUUGCCAAACAAAAAAAAGCUGUCCUUUUAAUUGGUGAACAAGGAACAGCAAAAACUGUCAUGGUGAAAAGUUACAUGUCCAAAUUUGAUGCUGAAUAUCAUUUGCAUAAAUCCUUCAAUUUCUCGUCUGCAUCUACACCUAAUAUGGUUCAGCGUAUAUUUGAAAGUUAUGUGGAAAAGAGAGUUGGAAAUACUUAUGGUCCUCCAGGAGGUAGAAGAAUGACAGUUUUUAUAGAUGAUAUAAAUAUGCCAAUUGUUAAUGAAUGGGGUGAUCAAAUUACAAAUGAAAUUGUACGUCAAUUAAUGGAAUACGGAGGAUUUUAUUCACUUGAUAAGCCAGGUGAAUUUUCAACAUUGCAAGAUAUGAUGUUGAUGGCUGCAAUGAUUCAUCCUGGUGGAGGUCGAAAUGAUAUUCCACCACGAUUAAAAAGACAAUUCAAUAUUUUCAAUUGUACUUUGCCAUCAAACAAGUCAAUGGAUACGAUUUUCAGCACGAUAGGACAGGGCUAUUUUAAUAUUCAUAGAUUUUCAGAACAAAUAGUGAAUUUUGUACCAAAAUUAAUUCCAAUGACACGAAUUUUGUGGCAAAAAACAAAAAUUAAAAUGCUUCCAACACCGGCCAAGUUUCAUUAUGUUUUUAAUUUGAGGGAUUUAUCGCGUAUCUGGGAAGGAAUUCUUCGAAUUGAAAAAAAUGAAUGCUCCUCUAUUGAGAUGCUGUUAAAACUUUGGAAACACGAAUGCACAAGAGUAAUUGCAGAUAGAUUUAUUGAUGAAAUCGAUAAACUAUGGUUUCAAGAAACUUUACAAAAAACGGCCGAAGAAUGUUUAAAUAUUGAUUUUCGUUAUUAUUCAUCAGAUGAAACGUAUUUUGUCAAUUUUUUGCGUGAUCCACCGGAACCAACUGGAGAUGAACCAGAAGAUUUUGUUCUUGUUGCUCCGAAAAUUUAUGAGGAAAUUCCAAGUUUUGAAAUUGUGAUUGAAAGAGUGCGUCAAUUUAUGGAACAAUUUAACGAAUGUAUUCGAGGUUUGCGAUUGGAUUUGGUAUUUUUUCAUGAUGCAUUGGUUCAUUUAAUUCGAAUAUCAAGAAUUUUUGGUGUUCCAAGGGGUAAUGCUCUUCUGGUUGGAAUCGGUGGUUCAGGAAAACAAAGUCUCACUCGUCUUGCUUCUUUUAUUGCCGGUUUAGAUUUUUUUCAAAUUGUUCUAACAAGGAGUUACAAUAUCGGAAGUUUGUUGGAAGAUUUAAGAAAAUUGUACCGAAUGGCAGGAAUUGGAACACGAGGUGCGACUUUUAUUUUCACUGAUAAUGAAAUUAAAGAUGAAGGAUUUCUCGAAUAUUUAAAUAAUGUUUUGAGUGUGGGAGAAAUAGCGAAUCUUUUUCCAAAAGAUGAACUUGAUGAAAUUUUAACAAGUGUCAUUCCAAUUAUGAAGAAAGAACAGCCAAGAAGACCUCCAACUCCAGAUAAUUUAUACGAAUAUUUUAUAACUAGAGCGAGAAAUAAUUUGCAUAUUGCUCUUUGUUUUUCUCCAGUGGGUGAAAAAUUCAGAUCACGAUCAUUAAAGUUUCCUGGACUUAUAUCGGGAUGUACAAUGAAUUAUUUUUCAAGAUGGCCAAAAGACGCUUUAUGUGCGGUUAGUAAACAUUUUUUGAAGAACUAUAAUUUUGUUUGUACCGAGGAAAUUAAAGAAGAAAUUAUUAACGUUACGGGAGAGGUUCAAGAAUUUGUGAUUGACGCUUGUACGGAAUAUUUUAACAGAUUCCGUAGGCAAACAUACGUUACACCAAAAUCAUUUUUGUCAUUUAUUAGUGGUUAUAAAAAUAUUUAUAAACAACGACUCGAUAAUAUAAAUACUCUUGCAUUUCGAAUGAGCAAUGGUUUAAGUAAAUUAGUUGAUGCAUCGAAACAAGUCGAUGAACUACGAAAAGUACUCGAAAUAAAUCAAGCUGAAAUUGAUGUGAAAAAUGUUCAAGUUGAAGCAAUUCUUGUGACAGUAAAUGAGAAAAAGAGAGACGCAGAAAUUGUGAAAUCUCAAGUGCAAAGUUCAAAAGAAGAAGCUGAAGCUAUAUUGAAAAUUAUUUCAAAAGAUAAAUCAGUGGCUGAGAAAAAAUUAAAAGCUGCAGAGCCAGCUUUACUCGAAGCCGAAGCAGCUCUUCAGACAAUAAAAGCAACUGACAUUGCUACUGUUCGAAAAUUGGCAAAACCUCCUUAUUUAAUUACAUUAAUCAUGGAUUGCGUUAUAAUUUUAUUUGGUCGAAAAUUGGACACCGUUAAACCAGAUGUAGAGAAACAAUUUUUAAUGCCAUCAUGGGGCGAAGCAUUGAAGGUUUUAGCUGAUACAAGAUUUUUGUAUAAUUUACAAAAUUUUCCCAAAGACAAUAUUAAUGGAGAAACUGUUGAUUUGAUGAUACCUUAUUUAAAUUAUCCUUUAUAUACAUAUGAUGCGGCAAAAACAGCUUGCGGAAAUGUUGCAGGAUUAAUUUCAUGGACAAUUGCUAUGGUGAAAUUUUAUGGAAUUAACAAGGACGUUUUACCAUUAAAAGCUAAUUUAGCUGUUCAACAAGGAAAGCACGAUAAAGCAAAUCGAAAUUUACAACAAGCUGAAGCUGUAUUAAAAGAAAAAGAUGAAGAAUUAAAAGUGGUUAAAAAGGAUUUCGAUGCUGUUAUGGCAGAACGUCAGAAAGUUGUCGAUUUGGCAAAUGCUUGUCGAGCAAAAAUGGAUGCUGCAACAGCAAUGAUUGAUGGACUUGCUGGCGAAAGAAUUCGAUGGACCGAUCAAUUGGCUAUGUUUAAAUCCGAAACCGACAGACUUGUGGGAGAUGUUUUACUUCUCACUGGAUUUUUAUCAUAUUGCGGUCCAUUUAAUCAGGAAUUUCGAAUACUCUUACAAAAAAAAUGGUUCGAUCUUGUACAAGAUAGAAAAAUUCCAGUUUCUGCUUCUAUAAGCAUUGUCAAUACUUUAACGGAUGCAGCAACUACUGGAGAAUGGAAUUUGCAGGGAUUACCUAAUGAUGAACUUUCAAUUCAAAAUGGAAUAAUAGUCACAAAAGCUUCAAGAUAUCCAUUAUUAAUUGAUCCACAAUUACAAGGAAAAGCUUGGAUUAAAAAUAAAGAAAAGGACUUUGACUUACAAGUUACUUUCCUAACGCAUAAAUAUUUUAGAAAUCAUUUGGAAGAUUGUGUUUCUCUUGGUCGUCCACUUUUAAUAGAGGAUGUUGAGGAAGAAUUAGAUCCAGUUUUGGAUAAUUUACUGGAAAAAAAUUUUAUCAAAAUUGGUACUUCAUUAAAAGUAAAAUUAGGAGAUAAAGAAGUUGAUGUUCAUGACGAUUUUCGAUUAUACAUUACAACUAAAUUGCCAAAUCCAUCGUAUCCUCCUGAAAUAUUUGCACGUACUUCUAUAAUUGAUUUCACUGUAACAAUAAAAGGAUUGGAAGAUCAAUUAUUGGGUAGAGUAAUUUUAGCCGAAAAACAGGAAUUAGAAACUGAACGAACCCAAUUGAUAACGGAUGUAACGGCUAAUAAAAGAAAAAUAAAACAAUUGGAAGCUAAUUUACUUCAUAAAUUAACAACUGUUCAAGGGCCAUUAAUAGAUGACGUGGAAUUGAUGGCAGUUUUGAAUAAUACAAGAACAACGGCAAAUGAAGUAAAUGAAAAAUUAUCAAUUGCAAAUGAGACAGAAUUGAAAAUAAAUGCAGCCCGGGAAGAAUUUAGACCAGUUGCAACUAGAGGAAGUGUUUUGUACUUUUUAAUUUGCGACAUGGCUCAAGUUAAUGUCAUGUAUCAAACUUCGCUUGCUCAAUUUUUGGAGCGAUUCGAUCUUUCUCUUGACAGAUCAGAAAAAAGUCCUGUGAAUUUAAAAAGAAUUGUCCACAUUAUCGAAUAUUUGACCUAUGAAAUUUUCAAAUACAAAUCUCGUGGACUUUAUGAAAAUCAUAAAUACAUGUUUAGUGUGCUGAUGACAUUAAAAAUUGAUCUUCAAAGAGGCGCAAUAUCACACGAGGAAUUUCAAUAUUUUAUUAAAGGAGGAGCGGCUCUCGAUUUAAAUGCCGUGACACGUAAACCUUAUAAAUGGAUCACUGACAUGACAUGGUUGAAUUUAGUUGCUCUUUCGUCAUUAAAAAAUUUUCAAAAUAUUGUCUCACAAAUUUAUGCCUCAGAAAAAAAUUGGAAAUCAUGGUUCGCUAAAGAAGCACCCGAGGAAGAAAUAAUUCCCGAUGGUUACAAUAAUUUCGAUACUUUUCGUCGUCUUUUAAUAAUCAGAGCAUGGUGCAUGGAUAGAACAUUAUCGCAAUCACGAAAAUACAUUGCAAAUUCUUUGGGAGUAAAAUAUGCAGAGCCAGUUUUAACAUUAUUGGAUGUUAUGCAUUCUGAAUCAAGACCAAAUACGCCAAUGAUUUGUUUUUUGAGUAUGGGAUCUGAUCCAACGCCUAGUAUUGAACAACUUGCUAAAAAAAUGGAGAUUCGUUGUAAAAGUAUUUCCAUGGGUCAAGGACAGGAAAUUCAUGCGAGAAAAUUAUUAAAUUCAGCAAAAACCGAAGGUUUUUGGGCGCUUUGUCAAAAUUGUCACCUUGGCCUCGAAUAUAUGGUGGAAUUAGUGGAAUUUAUUUUAGAAAUGGAUUCACCUCAUCCCAAUUUUCGCAUAUGGAUAACAACCGAACCGCAUAAAGAUUUUCCAAUUUCUUUACUACAAAUGUCGAUUAAAUUCACUUAUGAGCCACCGCAAGGAAUUCGAGCAGGUUUACUUGCGACAUAUAGUGGAAUGAAUCAAGAAAUGUUGGAUCAAUGUGAUUCUGCACAAUAUAUACCGUUAGUGUAUGUUGUUUCUUUUUUGCAUACCGUUUUACAAGAACGUCGAAAAUUUGGACCAUUGGGUUGGAAUAUUCCUUAUGAAUUUAAUUCCGCUGAUUGGCUCGCAUCUUGUAUGUUUAUGAAUAAUCAUUUGAAUGAUUUGGAUAAUACAAGGGACAUUAGUUGGUCAACUAUCAGAUAUAUGAUUGGUGAAGUACAAUAUGGAGGUCGUGUAACUGAUGACUAUGACAAACGUCUAUUGAAUACAUUUGCAAAAGUUUGGUUCACUUCAACAAUAUUUUCAGAGACAUUUAAUUUUUAUAAAGAUUAUAAUGUUCUGAAUUAUAAAUUAGUUAGCGAUUAUAUAAAAGCCAUUGACACUAUGGCUAGCAUUGAUCCACCUCAAGCUUAUGGUCUUCAUUCAAAUGCGGAUAUUACAUAUCAAAGUGUAUCGACACAAAAUGUUUUGGAUACAAUAAUAUCGGUGCAGCCAAAGGAAGCAGGAAUUGGUGGAGGUGAGUCGCGUGAAGAUUCAGUGGCUAAACAAGCUAAUGAAAUGUUAUCAAAAUUACCACCCGCCUAUGAUCAAUUUGAAGUGAAAAAUAGAUUGCAAAUUAUGGGCGCAACAAGUUCGAUGAAUAUUUUUUUGAAACAAGAAAUAGAUCGAAUUCAAAUUGUUAUUAAAUUAGUUCGAAUAACAUUGAAAGAUUUAUUAUUGGCAAUCGAAGGAGUUAUAAUUAUGAAUGAGGAAUUGAGAGAUGCGUUUGAUAAUAUUUACGACGCCAGAAUACCAAUAGUUUGGAAGGCUCGUUCAUGGGAAUCGAGUACACUGGGAUUUUGGUUCACAGAAUUAUUGGAAAGAAAUCGUCAAUUUUCCUCUUGGUUAUUUGGUCGUCGUCCUGCAAAAUUCUGGAUGACUGGAUUUUUCAAUCCUCAAGGUUUUCUGACGGCAAUGAAACAGGAAGUAACGAGGGCCCAUAAGGGAUGGGCUCUUGAUAAUGUAACACUUCACAAUGAAGUAACGAAACAAACCGCUGAAGAAGUGAGAACUUCGCCGAAUGAAGGUGUUUUUGUCUAUGGAUUAUAUUUGGACGGUGCCGGAUGGGAUUUGAAAAAUAAUCGUUUACGUGAAUCUGCAAAUAAAGUCUUGUACGUGAUGAUGCCUGUGAUACAUAUUUUCGCACUCUACAAUAAUCCGGAUAAAAAUCCAAAACUAUAUCAGUGUCCAGUUUACAAGAAACCAAUGAGAACUUAUAAUUUGCUAAUAACACCAUUAUGGUUACAAACAAUAAAACCUCCAGAAUUUUGGAUUUUACGUGGAGUGGCAUUGCUCUGUGAUACGAAAUAAUUCACUUUCAAAAAA